GGGCUUCGCUAUAGGCGCCUCCGACAGAGAGACUAUGGUGGCAGGCUGGUAAAGAUGGCUGCUCUCUCCGAGGAUGGGAGGUAUGGACUAAAUUGUGGCCGAAAUGCUGAGAGGAUCACCGUAUUGCACGUAAAACUGACCGAGACAGCCAUACGAGCUCUAGAGAGCUACCAAAACUGUAAGAAUGUACUGUCCUCGCGGCCAACAAUACAUUUCCAAGGACUUCAAGGGCGCAUUAAGAUUCCAAAGACCGAUGUCUCAGACGGCUCUCAUAACUUCGAUUUUUACCUGUCCAACGUUGGCAAGGACAAUCCUCAGGGAAGCUUUGAGUGCAUCCAGCAGAAUGUGUCCAGCUCUGGGGCAUCCCACUUGUCAUCUCUCGGGACCGUUCAGGACAAAAUCACAGUCUGUGCCACAAACGAUUCCUACCAGGUGACCAGAGAACGCAUGACGCAGGCUGAAGAGGACACGCGCAAGAGGGGCACUAAAGUCAUUAAACCAGGAGGGCAGUUCAGAGGUAAAACGGUCCAGAUCCGAAAGCCAGCUCCCUCUGCGCCCGACCCCGUUCCGGAACGGAAGCGCUCCACCCCAAUGAACCCAGCCAACACCAUCCGUAAGUGCCUUACCAGCAACCCGGUGUCCCAGAGGCCAUACCGGGACCGCAUCGUCCACCUGCUGGCGCUGCGAUCCUACAAGAAGCUGGAGGUCCUGGCCAGGCUGCAGCGAGACGGGAUCAGCCAGAAGGACCGCAACUCGUUAGGAAGCACCUUACAGCAGGUUGCCAAUCUGAACCCGAAGGAUAACUCCUACUCACUAAAGGACUUUAUGUACCGUGAGGUCCAGAGGGACUGGCCAGGAUACUCUGAGGAUGAGCGGAUUCAGCUGGACAGGACCCUGGCUCGUAAACUGGGCCUGCCUGCAGAUUCACUCUCAUCCAGCAGUUCUCCCAAAGAACCAACAUCGCCACAGAAGCGCCAGCCUGAAGGUGACUUCAUUGACCCUCUGAUGCCCAAGAAGCCACGUAUCUCCCACCUCAGUAACCGAGGUGCACCCAGCUCGUCGGAGCGUCGCACACCUACGGAAGCUGAGGACAAGCGUUCCGCGCCGCCGGUUACUGCAGCCUGCCCUGGGCCCUCCUCCCAGCCUCCCGUCUCUCACCCCCCUUCUGGCUCUAACUCCAACUCCCCGAGCACGCCCGAGGGCCGCGGGACACAAGACCUGCCCCUGGACCAGAGCUCUACGUGUGGGGAAGAAGUAGAGCGCUAUGCCCCCCGCACUCUGAUGCCCAGUCCCCCAAGCCAGCCCAGCUUAAUCUCUUCCUCCUCCUCCUCCUCCACCACAACAGUCUCCAGCUCCACUGUCCUCCCCACCUCUGCCAUGUCCCCAGCAGCCAGCAGUAGCAAAAAGCCCAAAAAGAAGUCCAAGAAGCACAAAGAGAAGGAGCGGGAGAGGGAAAAGGACAAGGGGCGACACCGAGAGGACCAGGUCAGGGAGGAGGAGAGGAGAGAGGAGAGGUCCAGGAAAAGACCUCGCACUGAAGCAGAGGAGAGGUGUGCACCAGCCACCAUGCACAGCCCUGCUUUAGACACGGAACUGCAUAGUGAAGACAGAACAAGAAAAUCUGACUUCACUGACCUUCCCACGCCGGUGAUCCCUGAUUACAUAGCUAAGUACACUGCGGUGGUGUCCACAGACCAGAGGCAGGGAUACAAGGACGACUUCAACGCCGAGUACGAUGAGUAUCGCGUCCUUCAUGCUCGCGUGGAGAGCAUAACACGGCGCUUCACCCAGCUGGACACUCAGUGCAGGCGCCUCCUGCCUGGAACCAAAGAGUACCAGGAGGUGCAUGAAGAGGUGCUGCAAGAAUACAAGAAAGUGAAACAACACAAUCCAAACUACCACGAGGAGAAGCAACGCUGUGAAUAUCUGCACAACAAGCUGGCCCACAUCAAGAGGCUCAUUGCUGACUUUGACCAGCGGAGGGCGCAGUCCUGGCUUUAGGUGGGGCAGACGAAACAAAACAAGACCCUGCAGCCAAUCAGAGCUCUCCAAAAACCUCAAGAAAGACCACCACAGCCAGAGGGAGCGAGGGGAUCAAACAACCUGAUUUUUUUUCUUUUUUUUUUCUUUUUUUUUUCCUCUUUUAUUCUUAUUAAAUGUCCCUUCUGAGUUUUCCCUUUAGUGUUCCUCCUCACUCCCUGUCACCCUGUGUGUUUUACAAGUGUCUACAUUUCAUUCAUCAUUCGUCCUCCCCUCUUCCCUUCUUUCCCUUUUCCCUUCUUUUUCUUUUUCUUUCUUUCAUUAUUUUUUUCCCCAUCCCUUCCUUUUUUUUUUCUUUUUUUUUUUUUUCCUUCUCUUUUUUAUUUCAAGUGUUGUUCCUCCUGACCACUCAUUUCCUCCGCUGUUUAAGAGAAGGGCGACACUACUCUUUACUCUUCUCUCCUGCGAUCAGUGAUGUCAUGCAUGUCCGGAGGACGUCUUACGCUCAAGCCUUUUUUUUUUUUUUUUUUUUUUUUUUUUUUUUUAUAUUAUUAUUAUUUUCCUUUUUGUUCAUUUUGAAGGAACUAUUAAACGACAAAAAAGGACAAAAAACGACAAAACAGAAGAGAAUUAAAACAUUUUUCAAAGCAAAGAAAAUAUUAUUAUAUCUAUACCUACCUGUAUUUAAAAGAGGAAAAAAGGAAGAUCUAUUUAUUUUGAACGGAAGCAAGAGGAGGAGGAGACGUACGACUUGCGAUUUACGAUUUAUCAUUAGAUAAAUCCACAGAUGAUGAGAUGAUUUAAUUCUAAGGUUUAGGUUCUUUUUUUUUUCUGGAUGCAAUGCAAUACCGGGGGCCUUACAAUACAGUAUGUAUUUGACUUCCUGAAGCCUUUUGCACAGGGGCGGCUGAGCCAGUGCACGUUAAAAGACCGGGGUGGGGUUGGGAGGGGUGGAUUGGGGUGCGGGAAGUGUGCGAAUCCAGGAGCCAUGAGCUUCCCUUCCUGCCGGGACCCAGCUUUCAGCAGUAUUCUUGCUCACCGUGCAAAUGGUGCCUUAAUGUGUUAGUUUACACACACAGCGAUGUGGAGUCUGACAGGCUCCCAGGGGCCCGGGGCAGCAGCGAGGGGGGACACGAGUGCGACCUAGUGAAAGGUCUCGCGCGCGCACAUAUACGUGGAUGGUGUGUGUGCGUGUGUGUGUGUAUGUGCUUUCGUAAAAAAAAGGUGCAUGGGUGCAUGCACAUGCAUUUGAGUGAGUGAGAGAGAGAAAGCACGAGAGAGAUAUAGAGCUAUAUUGAGGGAUCGUAAGUGUUUAUUUUUUUGAGAUGAGAGGGUGUAUGAUUAAAUGAGUGAGAGUAUGUGUGUGUAUAUGAAUGUGUGAUUUUUUUUUUUUGGGGGGGGGGGUCAGAUUGGAGGGGAGGGGAAGGGAGGGGGGUGGAUGUGAAUAGAUAUAAAUACAUUAAAAAAAAAUAGAAAAUUAAAACCAAAAAAAGCUGCUAUAGUCUUUGAACAGCCAGAGCACUCAGGAUCAACCUGGCUAGUGUUACAUGUUCUUAAUUUUGAGUGGAAGGACGGUGGAGAAAGAACGGAUAGAGUGCUUUUUUUUUUCUUUCCACAGCGCCGUAAAAAAGACAAGGUACUGUUUUAAAAAAAAAAAGAAAAGAAAAAGAAAGAUCUGAGACAGACCUGUUAUGAUUUCAGAUGUCCUUCUUUAUGAUGAUGAUGACUAUGAUGAUUUAUUAUUAUUAUUAUUAUUCCAUGAGUUUCAAAGAGUUAUUUAUGACUUUAGGAAUAGCAAUGUAUGUUUUAUUUUGUUUUUGUUUUUGUUUUUUUUGUUUCUAAAUUAAGAAAAACGGAAAUUUGCUGAUUUACGUUCGAAGUGCACGGAUGGAAACCGAUGGGUAGAAGUGAUCAAAUAAGUAUACACCGGUCUUUUUCUUUUCAUGGUAUCCGUAGUGAAGCGAUGCUUAAAGUUUAAGGGAAACAUUUAUGCAUUAUGUUUACAAAACCUGUGUUAGAAUGUUUUGCCAAAAGGAAAUCAAAUAUUGUUUGGAUGAUUUGGAAUAAAUGACAUAGACUAUGAGUUUAGCUUCUUUCUGUCGGACAUUUAAUACAGUUUUACUCUCCGCAAACAUGAUGGCUGUGUUCCAAAGCUUAGGCUGUAGUCAAGGUCCUAUUAAUACUCAUGAGAAGCAAAGUGAGGCCUAUUGGACAUGCAUUUGGAACAACUGAACAAAUUGAAGAUUUGUGUUGAGAUUAUGUUGCGUCACAAAGUCUGUUUUUUUUUUUUUUUAUUUCUUCACAAAAACUAAUUAAAAUGAGAAAAAUUAACAUUUAAAACUCUCUCCAAUUGUUGUGGUGCUGUUUUUCCAUUUUUCCCUUUGAGUUUUAGCGACUGAGGGCAGUAAAAGAUGCUUUUUUUUCUUUUCUUUUCUUUUUUUUUGGUGAUUUUCUCAGCUGUACACUAUGUAGUAAUUCCUAAGUAAUGCAGCCUAGGCUUUGGAACACGCAGCUCAGAACAUCCUCGAUCGCUUGUGCAAUCUUCUGUUCACCUCACCCAGGUUAUAUCUGCGAAUGCGUGCACUGUUGGUUCAGGCUCUAGUCCUCGAGUCUAAUUCGAAUCUGAACUGAAUCCGAUCACUACAGCCCUGUGCGAAGUCUUACUGGAUGUAUUGGGAGAUGCUUGCUCUCGUUCUUUGAUCCCGUUUCUUAUUCCUUGUCCUGUCUUGAGUAUUACCUCCACAGAUCGUACACUACUAAAGUGUGGAGGAUGAGAGAUGUGAAGAUAAGCUGACUGUCGGGUUAAUCUUGCUGUAGUUCAUCCAAACCAUGCGGAAAGGAAUAAUCCAGCGUAUUUUAAUCCUAAUUUCUCUCUGCUGCUUCUGGAGGGUGCUGCGGCGCCUUGGGGUGCUGUUGGUUUGCACAUAAGGCCCAGCCUAUAAUAUCAUUCAGUGGGAAAGUUCUUUAUUGUAAAUGUACACUGACAUGCCAAAUAUCAUGGGAUAUAAACUGUACCAUCCAUCAGGCCUCACUAUCAGGUCUCACUCUAAUUCUAAUUCUAAAAGUUCAACAUCAAUCACAGAAUAACACUUACAACUUAAAGCAUUUUUAUACCUCUGCUUUAUAAUUUUUUUUAGUUCAGUUAAAAUCUUUUUUUUUUGUCAACAGGAGAAAAAAGUAGGCUAAAAGCAGGCAAAAUAUUUUCUCAACAAAUGUAAAAAAUCAUGCCAUAAACUCUACACAAAUAUGUGUUAGUCCAGAGCACAGAACCUUCUUCCUGUAUUUACCUUCCUUCUAGCUCCGCCCCAGACAGCUCUGACCAAUGAGCAGUGAGAAUGUUCUCACAUAAGGUUCUGUGAUGUGUUUUGGUGAGGUUUUUUUUUUUUUUUUUUUUCUCCCCCAUGUGUGAAAACAAAACAAACCAACCCUGAAUGAAAAAUGCUUUAGUAUAAUACAUUUUAAACAAAAAAAAGACCAGCACAAACCUACUAUAGAUGUGAAAUCAAUUUACACACUGCUCUCCCAUGAGUUUUGGCAUGUCAAUGUAUUUCUUAUAUAAGGUAUAAAUCUUAUAUAAAUCAGAUUCAACAGUAUGGAAGCCCAUUCCCGCCACCUAAAAAAAAAUCAAUCCAGCACAUUUUUUUUUAUUAUUAUUAGUAGUAAUAUGUAAGUAAACUGCUAUCUCAUUAUUUUUGAGAUCGUAUCUCAAAAUAAUGAUCUACCAUCUCAAUAUUUUGUGAUAGUCAGUUUAAAGUAAAAAAAUUUUUUUUUUUUCCCUAAAAAGCAAUCACACUUGCUAUUUCAAAAUAAUGACUAAGUAUCUUAGUUUUUUUGUUGUUAAUUUUAGAUAGCGGCAAUGGGCUUCCAUACAACAGAUUAUUUCGUAGAAAAAUUUAUAUUGACAGACAAGUAUUCCUAUUAGACCCACCAAGUGUCGCCCACUGUGGUUUGACGUCUAAUGGUCGGACACUUUGAAGUCGUCCGCAGAGAAACAGAUAAAUGCUGUUCUGUAUUUGGAUGUGUUCCUGAUUUGGUAGUCUGAGGCAGUUCUCAGCAGAUGGGAUGUGUAAGCUUCUUCCUUAGGGACUGAUGCUAUCUUUCCAUGCAGCUCGGCAGAGUGCGCCGGUGCCUGAGCGAAAGUGCUUUUUAAUUUUUCUUCCCCUCCCUCCAUCCAUCCAUCCUUCCUUUCCCUGGAUAAUUACAUUAGUCUGGUGUCCGAGAGUUAGAUCAGGCAGAGACAAACGACAAAGCCAAACACAUGUGAUGGUUAAUUAGCCGAGUCCAGCAGCACUUUAUCUCUCAGCCCUGUAGCCUGAUCCCUCCAUCCUUCCCUGCGAAACGCAGUGCAGAUCAUCUGGCCGUCGUGUUCCUGUAAUUGUUGGCAUUGAGAGAUGUAGGAUUGACUGGCUGUCCCUUCAGUGAACUUGGCGGGUGGACUUGGUGUGUGCACUAUGUGUAAGUGUAAGUGUUUGCUGGGUUGGUUGGUUAGUUGGUUAAUGGUUGGGUGGGAGGAGAAGGAGAGAGAGGACAAUUAGCAAUUAGGCAUUCUCUGAUCCGUACAAGCACAUAAAACACAAAACUACAACAAUAAACAUUUUAAACUGCGCUUUUUUAUUUUUAUUUUUUGGGACUGUGGUCUUGAAUGGCCUAGACUUAAUUCCAUUACCCUUUAUGAAGAGACCAUUGAAUAAUGUCUGUGACACUAACUGUUGAAGAGAAAGGAAGAACGAUGUGUUGGUUUCGGCAUGCGUCAGACAGGAAACGUGCAAAAGCAAAACUAAGUGUUGGAAGAACCUCAGCAGAACACUGUCCUCUGUUGAUUUGAUGGUGCGAUGGGGUUUAUUCAGAUUGUUCUAGAGUAUUUCCAACCAAUGCAUUAUUAUCAGUUCAAUAAAAUGUGAACCUGACAAAAGCAA